AUGAGUGGGCUUCGGGGAGUCAUGAAAGAUGGCUGGCACCCCAAGGGUAAGUCUGGGGGCAAGGAGAGUUGGCGAGGUGACUUCAAAGGGAUCAAUCAAGUGGCCGGAUGGAUGGGAAAAGGAAAAGACAAGGAUAGCGCAGGUGAGGAGCAUGUUUCGCGACCACUAUCGUCGCUCAAGGACCCAUCCACUUUUGGACCACCACCGAAGCGUGUUGGAACUUCCGGAUCAGCCACCGGCAUAAGCCAACCGACGCCGGACCGCAGAGGGCUUGGAGCUCCUCUACCCCAGGAGCAGAUUCAGCAGCAGCAUAUGCGACAACAACAGCAGUCGGAGCAGGGGCAAGUUGAGCAAGAGGAAGCUCAGAGACCCGCGGCUCCCGCCCUUCCAUACCGUGCGAAUACAACAGGGUUAAAUACGGAACACCUCCCACCUCCACCAGUCAGACGAAUGCAUUCGCCGGCGAGUUCUGUAUCCUCCGCAAGCCCCAGACCCGUGCCAAGUGUUCCCCCACGGAUUCCCCCACGAGUGAACUCUACCACGACGCCCUCUCACUCAGCAACCCCUCCACCGGCAUAUUCACCACCGUCAGAACAGGCUGCCGAAGGGUUUUUGAAUCAAGGCGCUGUGUCACGCCUUUCCAAUGCGGGAGUAUCGGUUCCGGCCCUAGGUAUUGGACAAGAUAGGAGUGGGCCGGGCAGUGCAUCCCAGGCAAUCCCGGUCAACGAGCUUCAAGCCCAUUUUUCGCAAUUGAGAACUUCUUCAUCUCAAUCUUCUCAGGCUCCUUCCCCGCCGGUUCGGGGUGAUGCAAGCCAGAGCCAGAGCGGUAUAUCGCCAGUCUCGGGGACUCAUGCGCAGGGCGCCAGGUCGACAGUCAACGACUUCCGCGAGCGACACAACGACAAGCUUCAAGCUGGAAAGGAGAGGGUUCAUGAGUUCAACGACAAGUACAAGAUCUCUCAGCGCUUCAAUAGCUUUGUGGACGAGAAAAGGUCGGCCAACACAUCUAUCUCCUCGAAACAAUUCCAGCCUCCACCUGCGCCGCCGCACCCCAAUCGGAGCCAACCGCCUUCAUCGGAAUCGGUGAAUCUGGAGGGGUUGAUACAAAGAAAAGGUCCACCGCCUCCUCCGCCUCCCAAGAAGGCAGCAAUGCGAUCAACGCCCGUCAAUGCUCCGUCGCCUUCGUCUCCUGCGCCGCCACCUCUUCCGCUGAGCACGAAACCCCGAUAA